CGCUAGGAUGCGGGAGCGGACGCCGGAGCCUGAGAGCAGCUGGAGACUCGCGCGCUAGCGGGGCUGGCGAGGGGUGGCCGGGCGGCGACAGGUUUCUCUGUGCGGGUGCGCGAUGCAGCGAGCGGCAGCGUUGGUCCGGCGGGGCUGCUGCCCCGGGACCCUGGGCCCCUGGCGCCGAUGUCGGAGCAGCGCGGCCGCCGAGGCCCCAGCUGUGCUCCAAGUGCGGCCCGAGCGGAGCCGGCGCGAGCGCAUCCUGACGCUCGAGUCCAUGAACCCGCAGGUGAAGGCGGUGGAGUAUGCGGUGCGGGGACCCAUCGUGCUCAAGGCGGGCGAGAUCGAGCUGGAGCUGCAGAGGGGCAUCAAAAAGCCGUUCACCGAGGUCAUCCGUGCCAACAUCGGGGACGCCCAGGCCAUGGGCCAGCAGCCGAUCACCUUCCUCCGCCAGGUGAUGGCACUGUGCACCUACCCAAACCUGCUGGACAGCCCCAGCUUCCCGGAAGAUGCCAAGAAGCGAGCCCGGCGGAUCCUGCAGGCCUGCGGCGGGAACAGCCUGGGCUCUUACAGCGCCAGCCAGGGCGUUAAUUGCAUCCGGGAGGACGUGGCUGCCUACAUCACCCGGCGAGACGGUGGCGUGCCUGCGGACCCCGACAACAUCUACCUGACCACCGGCGCGAGCGACGGCAUUACUACGAUCCUGAAGAUCCUGGUUUCCGGGGGCGGCAAGUCGCGGACGGGGGUGCUGAUCCCGAUCCCCCAGUACCCCCUCUACUCGGCGGUCAUCUCGGAGCUGGGCGCCGUGCAGGUGAACUACUACCUGGACGAGGAGAACUGCUGGGCCCUGAACGUGCAGGAGCUCCGGCGGGCCGUGCGGGAGGCCAAGGAGCACUGUGACCCCAAGGUGCUGUGCAUCAUCAACCCCGGGAACCCCACAGGCCAAGUGCAGAGCAGGAAGUGCAUCGAAGACGUGAUCCACUUCGCGUGGGAGGAGAAGCUCUUCCUCCUGGCGGACGAGGUGUACCAGGACAACGUGUACUCCGCCGACUGCAGGUUCCACUCCUUCAAGAAGGUGCUCGCGGAGCUGGGCCCCGAGUACUCCAGCAACGUGGAGCUCGCCUCCUUCCACUCCACCUCCAAGGGCUACAUGGGCGAGUGCGGCUACCGGGGAGGCUACAUGGAGGUGAUCAACCUGCACCCCGAGAUCAAAGGCCAGCUGGUGAAGCUGCUCUCAGUCCGCCUGUGCCCGCCCGUGUCGGGGCAGGCCGCCAUGGACAUCGUGGUGAACCCGCCGAGGCCCGGGGAGGAGUCGUUCGAGCAGUUCAUCAGGGAGAAGGAGUCCGUGCUGAGCAAUCUGGCCGAGAAAGCGAAGCUGACGGAAGACCUGUUCAACCAAGUCCCGGGAAUCCGCUGCAACCCCCUGCAGGGGGCCAUGUACGCCUUCCCCCGGAUCUUCCUCCCCCCCAGAGCCGUGGAGGCAGCUCAGGCCCACAACAUGGCCCCCGACAUGUUCUACUGCAUGAAGCUCCUGGAGGAGACGGGCAUCUGCGUGGUGCCCGGCAGCGGCUUCGGGCAGCGGGAAGGCACCUACCACUUCAGGAUGACCAUCCUGCCGCCCGUGGAGAAGCUGAAGACGGUGCUGCAGAGGGUGAAGGACUUCCACAUCCAGUUCCUCGGGGAGUUCGCCUGAGGCCCCGGGCCCGCCUCCCCCCCACUGAGCCCCUCCCAGCGACCUGCCUCAGGCCCGCCAGGGCCACCGUCGCUUUCCUCGCCAUCCUGCCCCAGGAGCCUCCUUUGUGCCUUGACGUGGGGAGCACGUCUCUCCCAGCCGAUGUGAAUGGGGAUGUCCCAGAAACCCUGUUUUUCUUCUUGUUUUUUGAUGCAACCAAAGUCGAGGGGACGUGGCCCGCCUGUGGGGGGCGCUGUCUGGACCUGCCUCUGCUGCUCCUGGGGCUCGUCGGGGUGAGAAGCACACGCGGGCUGGGUCAGAGGCUGCUCUGAGGAACAAGAGGCUGGAAAUGCAGGGCUUCACCCGGAGAGGACUGGACAUGCCCGACCGCCACACGAUCUGUGAAAUAAAACCUUUGGUGCAGAACCCAGCCUCCCAGCUCGGGGCCCGGAGUCCACUGCAGGCUCAGGGGGCGCCCCCUUCUGGCCGGAGGCAGACAGCGCAUCUCGGUGCAUGCAGAGCAUGGGUCUCAGGGGAUGCCAGACCCUGGUGGUAGAUACUGUUUUCUUUGUGUCCUGCAGGGGACGAGGGGGUGUGAGCCAGGUGACCAGGCUACCAGGCAGCAAGGACUCCGUGCACCCACAAAGCUUUGGGGGUGACGGGUUGGCUGGGACCUGGGCCAGUCGUGUGUGGGGCGUCUGCCUGGUGGCGAGGGGAUCCAUCCUGCUUUUCCCCAACAAUGGUUCUCGCCCAGGGCUGGGUUGAGCCUUGACACACAUCGCCCUCUGCUGGCGAGAGCAGGAACAGUGCGACACUGACAGGGUCCUAAAGCCCGAGGGGCCUCCCCGAGGACUGGACAGUCACCCCGUCUCCACAGUGUCAGCUGAGUCCUUGCAAACUGCGUUUGGCCCAUGAACUGGCCAACGCGCCUGGCAGCCCAGCUUCUGUGGCGCACGUGCCGUCGAUCGGAAGUGCUUAAACGUGUUUCACUUCGCGCGGUGUUUGCCUCCACACCUGCUGCUGGCUGCCCUCCCAGACCCAGGGCUCCCGCAGCAUCUGCACCUGCCCAGGCCGGGGCGGGCAUCCCCCUUCACCCCCUUCACCGCAGCUUCCCCGGCUUAGCACACCUGGCCGCGGCCCACCCACCCUCCAGAGAGUGGGAGCAGGCGUGCCCCCCGCCUCCCCAGCGGGCAGUUAGGGAGCCCAAGGCCAGCACAGGGGUCUGGGGACCCAGCAAGUCCCAAACUAGAAAGGAAGGAGCUGGAUUGAGAAGCAGUGAGCGUGGAAAGCAGCCUCCCGGGCUCCAGUUUCCGGGCAGGAGAUGCGCCGGCGAACUCCCCACAGCCCCCUCGCCGGCGUCACGGUCCCCAAGAAAAAGGCAGCCACAGCCUCGAGGAGCGCUGUCUGGGACGUGGUGCUGGGCUCUGGCGUGGUCCGUCAGCGGGAUGCGCCGCCGCGGGGAGCGGCUGCCGGGAUGGUUGCAAAGCAGAGGCGAGUCUAUUUUUUAUAUUUUUGUAACAACUGCUUUUUUCAUGGGCGGAGGGUGGGCUGGUAUUUGUAGUCUUAACAAGUCCAGUAGUUUUUUAUAAAUAUCUCUUCGGAUGCUAAAUAACCUAAAGUCCUUGCAAUGUUUACAUGGUGUUUACAACGUUGCCGCCGCACACACUGGGUUUGCCUUUACAGCGGUGACUGCAGACCCAGCGACGAGCGCGUGUGGGAGCGCUGGUCACACGAGAUCCCCUCUCCUACAGCUUCCAUUCCGGGGUCUUGUUUGGGCACCACUGGAGGGAGACCUUGGCCACUUGGGGCCACUCUGUAAAUCACACCCGUGAGGGUUUCUGUCCAUUUAGACCCGCCAGUGGGGGGCCUGGGGGCCGGCUGCGCGACCCCAGGCAUGGAUGUGCGGGCCGGGCGGCAGGCAGGCCUGUCUGCCCCGGUUCCAGUCGGGAUUCUCACAGGCAGCUCCCGAGAAGGCACUGAGGAUGAGCUCUGCUGGGAAUUUCAAAAUAAAACACUUUGUGUCAAA